UCGUUUGCCAGCCCUGUAAUCUUUUGUUUGCGUUUCUGCUGCAUUCGCUAACUCGCCGGCAAGUGGAAUUCUUAUUACUAUUAUUGUUUUUGCAAAAUGCGUUGGCUUUAUGCCUGUUUUGUAAUCUUAUUGUGUGCGUUGAUCUUUUGCGAAUACGUUGCCGACUUUGUGGUAUUACAAAAGUGCAAAUGGCCCGAGAUACGACGCAAAAAAUAUGUGGACGAUCCGUUAAGGGCUAUGAUUAUUGCCGAUCCGCAUUUGUUGGGACCACAUCGCGGACACUGGUUGGACAAACUGUAUCGUGAAUGGCAUAUGACACGUUCUUUCCAGGCAGCAUCUCGUUUGCUCCAGCCCGAUGUGGUCUUCGUGCUGGGCGAUCUGUUUGACGAGGGUGACAUGGUCAGUGAUAAGCAAUUCCAGGAGUACGUUUGGCGUUAUCUGCAGAUGUUUAAUCUGCCUGCUGGCAUUCCGCUUAUCAGUGUGGUUGGCAAUCACGACGUUGGCUUCCACUACAAAAUGCAUCCAUUUUUCAUGUCACGUUUCGAGAAUUAUCUAAACUACUCCAAGGUUCAUCUUUACACCAUCAAGCAAAUACAUUUUGUGGUUGUCAACUCUAUGGCCAUGGAGGGCGAUGGCUGCUUGUUCUGCGCGGAAGCGGAGUCCGCUCUCAAGAAUAUAUCAAGAACACUGCACUGCAUGCAACAUCCUCAUGAGGCGGAAUGUGCACGGACUCGUCGUCAUCCUUACAGUCAGCCCAUAGUCAUGCAACACUUCCCCACUUAUCGCAUAUCGGACCGGGUUUGUCGAGAACACGAUGCACCCCAUAUUGAGACAUUCCGCGAACGCUAUCAUGUGCUAUCUAAAGAUGCCACCGAUAUGCUGGGCGAGCUUCUGAAGCCACGUCUGGCGUUUGCCGGGCAUUCUCAUUAUUAUUGCCAUAACAUCAAUCGGUUGGGCAUCGAUGAGUAUACGGUAGCAUCGUUUAGCUGGCGCAACAAUGUCAAUCCCAGUUUCAUGCUGGCCACCAUUACGCCGGAUGAUUAUGCGGUAUUCAAGUGCAAGAUGCUGCCACAACAGUUUGUCUUUAAUAGCUAUGUGAGUGCUGCAGUUGCCUGCCUAGUGUUAAUUGCAUUCCAGUUGCGAAAGUAUUUUGUGCGACGACGUCCAGCGACGGGAGCGGAGAAGAAGCACCACUAAGUGUAAAUAUAUGAGUACGAAGUAUUCAAAGUAUUUUUGUGAUUCACGGCCAAAUUAGGGGCUAACAUUUUAGGUAGCAUAAUGCUAGGAUUGCUCACACUCAUAAAAACAUUUAUCACAUUUUUGCGGCAUAUCAAUUAACAAUUAACAAACGCAACAGCCAUUUGCUGAUAUAUAGUACAUAGAAAUAUGUAUGUAUAUUUAUGAAUACUUUUAUCACAGACAUAAUGCUUGCUAAGUCCACACGGAAUAUACACACAUCGGGAGUCUGCCGACAAACAAAACAAAAAUGCCAAAGAAAUUAUACAAAUGGUUGAACUGGAUGCAAAGGAAACACAAAUUAGGAUUCAAAACUAAAUAUAAACAUGAUUUACAUACAUUAUGAAUGUGAAACUAAACAAAAAAAGGAUAUGCAGAUUCAUAGAUUCCUGUACCUUGUUACAAUGUGCGCGCCCAUUUUUUGUUCUUGCAAAAUCAAACUGCAAUUUGUACUACUAGACUAAAGAUAAAUUAAGCUACAACUACACUUAUAACUACACUCGAUAAUAGGAAUAUAAUAUUUUGGCUAACUACUUGCUCUUCUUUUUUGUGUGGAAGUGAGACGUAUUGUCUAUGAUUGACCGUUCAGCAGGUUCGUUUGCGCCUGCGCAUGAUGAUUGCGUCCCACGAAGCAUUCCUUUGGCAAACAUCUAUGCAACACUGGCGAUAUCAGAUCCGGAUCCAGUGAUUUCAGCUCUGUGGGUUUUGUGAACAGCGAGACAAUGGCACCAACCACAAUAACCGUAGCAACACCAAUGGGAUUGAUCCAAUGAUAUGAUAGUCGAUACAAUGGAAACACUUGCUCCUCAUCCACCCAAACGCUGUCGGGCAAUGUGACAUUCGCUGCACAGUUCUCCACGGACACUGGCAACUUCUGUGAAUUAAGUCCACCCGCUGCUAUGGUGAUUUGUGUACCAAAUGAUAUCCAGCCCGCGAGCAAAGCGCCAGCAAUACCCCCUACUGCUGUCCCGAUAUUGUUGGCCCAUGGCACCAGCAUACCCAGCGUAAACAGACCAAACGUGGUGCCCGCAGCAAUGGCCGUCAUGGAGGUGCAGAUGCUCAGAAUGCCGCUCAACUGCUCGAGCACCAGGACCAGCGAGAGCGCCACCACGCCCAGCACAAUGAUGGACGUCUUCACAAGCACCGUGGAGGCGCGCUCGCUCGGCCGCAUCUUGAAGCAGCCGCGCACAAUAUCCUCCAGAAUGACCAGCGAUGUGGAGUUCAGCACCACGGAUAAUGAGCUCAACGCGGCGCCAAAGAUGCCCGCAAUAAAAAGACCAGCAAUGCCAGGAAUAUGCCCCACACUCUGCACCACAUACAGUGGCAACAGCUGAUCGUCGUGAGUGAUGAGGCCCGCGCUCAAUGGGUCACAAUCCUGAUACAUCUCAAAGAUCAGCAAUCCUACAUAGCAGCAAACCGAGACAAAGGCAGCCACACCAAUCGUAAAUAUGGCCAUCGAUGCACGAGCCUGCUUUAGCGAUGGCAGCGACAUGUAACGCUGCACCAUUGUCUGAUUGACGGCAUUAAACGACGUCCAGUAUGAGAAUCCGCCAAUGAGCACGCUCCACACGGUGUGUCGCACAUAGGGCGAAGGAUCCGUGUUCGAGAAUAUCAAACGACCGCCCUUGGCAGCAUCGCCAAACAGUUUGUCCCAGCCGUUGGCAUAAUAGGUGCCCAAGGCGGCCACAGCCAGCACAGAAAGGAACAUUACCAGUGUCUGCCAGGCAUCCGUGUGCACCACCGCUUUAAUACCGCCCACAAAGGUGUAGAAGACACACACGAUCACAAUCACCGCCGAUAUCACAUGCAAAUUGAUGCCAGAGACUAGAAAACGUAAAGAGAGUCAAUUGAGAUACUUUAAAUGGCUUAAGCUCAGUUACCUUGGUUAAGAGCUAUGGCCGGCACAUAAACCACAAAAGGCAGAAAGAGUAUCUGAAAAAUAAUAAAUAAAAAAAGAAUUAUGAAUUAAAUAUGAGAGCAUAUCUUCACCAUUAACUCACCUCAUCCAGAAUGAACAUAAAGGACGCGAUGCUGCGUAUAACCGAAUGGAAACGCAUUUCCAGAUACUGCAAAUGCAAAAA